AUGAAGGGCGGGUGGGAACAGCUGAUGCAUCUGCCAGAUGAAUUAAACGAAAUGGGCGCAGUUCUGUCCAGAGUGAAUAAUAGUUGUAGAGUGGCCCCCGGAGAGCCUGUCAACACAUACCAAACAGAGAGCAGCAUCUGUGACAGAGAGGUCAACAGCACUGACAGUGGCCAUUCCUCCACCAUACCUACUCAGAACAAAGUGUGUGAGCCAGAAGAGGCGCUCGUUCCUACUCUUCCAGUGACAGCUUUGGUGGAGAGAGGCUAUAUCACCCCACAGCAAGUGUACAACCUGCUGAGUGCAGAGGAAGGCCAGCCUGCCCUGUAUGAUCCUUACUAUAUUCUCAUCUUGGACUGCCGCAGCGCAGAUAGGUACAAGGAUAGCCACUUGGUGACAGCGCGGGCCGCUGUGACGGUGAUCCACCCUGUGCUGGGCUGUCUCAUCAGCUGUAUAGAGCUGCAGAAGUAUUCUAUAAUACUGCUGUAUGCAGAAGAGGGAUGCAGCCCAGUUGGCAGUGUGAAGGCCAGGACAGACUCCCCUGAGCUCCAGCGCUGUUUCUUCCAGCUCAGUGGUUUAGGAAUGGACCCUGUCAUCCUGCUGGGGGGAUUCUCCGCCUUCCAUGCCCUCUACCCUUUCCUCUGCACACAACGUAUGGUCCUGCUGGAACCUGAGCGCCACACUCUCACCAUCUACCCCUCAGAGAUCCUGGAAGAUGCCCUCUACCAGGGCUCUGCCUCCCAGGCCUCUGACUACCGCAUCAUCAAGAAUCUACACAUCACGCAUGUGGUCAAUGCCACUGCCAACUGCCCUGAUGCCUUCCCCAACACACUGUGCUACCUGAGGCUGUGUCUGAGUGAUGACGCCCAGCAGGAUCUGGUGGAGGCACUGCCGCUGGCAUCCAGGUUCAUCAACUCAGCCCUGAUGGCUGAGCCGGCCGGCCGCGUUCUGGUCCACUGUAGCACAGGCAGGAGCCGCAGCUCAGCUCUAACGCUGGCCUUCCUCAUGGAGCAUCGACGCUGGUCGCUGCUUCAUGCCCUGCGCUGGUUGAAGGAGAGGAGGGCAUGCACAGCACCCAACGUGAACUUCCUUCGUCAGCUGCUGACCUAUGAGGAGCUGCUGUUUGGGAGCAGACUCACCUCCCUAAACGACAUCCGCAGAUGACUGUUUGGAAAAGAAAAGAAACAUACACUGGAUUAUUAUUUUUUUGUACAAUUCACAUUGAGAAAACAUUUAAAUGAGCUUAGACUGAACAAACAGAGGUGGACUUUGGACUGCAAGAAGGACUCAGAGACUUGAAAAGAGUAUUUCUCCCACAAGUUUAACAUUAAUUUUGCUUCACUGUCAAACCACAAUCACACUGUGUUUAUUACGCUGCUCCUCAGUAACGACAAUAAUCAUGCAGAUAAUUAAUUUAAUGACUUAUUCUGACUCAGUAUGACACAAUCCCUGUCAUGACAUGUUGCUUGAUGAUAGUUGCUAGA